UACCACCGACGAAGAAAUUGUGAAAAGAUGGCGCUACCCGGUGUUUCACUCGUGCGUCUAAGAGCGCUAUGCCGCCUCGGCAAGUAUCUUCGAAUGGGAGUCUCGACAGCGUCGCACUGGAGCGGAGAAAUGCGCUGGUGUGGGACCAAAGUAGUCAGCUUUCGACCGUACAGCACGUCGCGGUUCCAAGCUAAACGAGGAAACAUUAGUUCCAACUUGUUGGAGGAAUUCCCAGACCCCAAAUGUCUCUUGAAUAACACCAUCGCUCGCUCACUGGGAGUCAACGACCUCUCUGAGCUCAUCCAGUACACGUGCGAGGAGGAGGCUGGCAUCAAGAAAGCCACUGUCACUCUGCUAUGGCCCUGCAAAAUCGAGGAGGACGGCUACGCCUCCAAAAAAGUUGACGCAGAGAGAUGCGCAGCAGCAGCCGCUUGUCACAAGCUCAAAGAAAUGGGUGUGAUCGGCCCGGACAACCAGCUUCCCAGGAGGAGAUCCAGCAGGGGGAGAGGAGACGUGCGUUCUGCUCUUUACGAUGACGAAGACUCCGGGACUGACAGGGUCAGCGGUGCCCUGAUUAAAUCGCCGCCUGCACCUGAAAACUCAUCUGACAUUUCCGAAGCACUUUCCCUCUUCCCUUAUCCCAAAGCGCUCUUGACUAAGGUGGUCCAGGUGGCCACCUCAUCUGAAAGUUCCAAAGAACUGAUACGGUUCGCAACAAGAGGUGGCAAGCUCAAGACGUGCGAGUUGACCCUGCGCUGGCCGCAGGAAAUGACUUUCAUCGCGACGGCAGGCAAAAAAGUCACAGCGGAAAAGCGAGCGGCGGCUCUCGCCUGUUUGAAAUUUAAGGAACUAAAUUUGCUGGAUAAGAACAACAACCCACUGAGUCACGCCAAGUACCACGGGGACAAGGUGAGGGAGGCCGGACAACGUGAGCGGCGGCCUCUCCGGGUGGAAGUUCCCACGUAUCUGGAAGAGCGUAUGAGGGAAUAUCUCACACGGUAUCCAGUGGAAGAUGAAAUGCAGAAGUUCUACGAAGAAGAGGAUGACGACGUCAAGCAGGACAGUGUAGAGGAGGAAGACUUGACGCUGGACGCCAUCACGGGCAAAGUGUACAGGGAGCGGUCGCCUCAGGAAACACGGCGUCUCAACGAGUUUCUUCAGGAGGAGUGGGAAAACGUCGGGCCGGGCCCCAGCGUGACGUUGCCGGUCGACGCCCACCGGCAGCGCCUGGUCUCGGCUGUGCGAGCUUCCCGGGCGGUCGUGGUCGCCGGCGAGACUGGCUGCGGCAAAACCACUCGCAUCCCUCGCUUCCUACUGGAGGAUUGCGUGUCGGCGGGACACGGCGCCGAGUGCAACGUCCUGGUGACGCAACCUCGCCGGAUCAGCGCAGUGUCGGUGGCCCAACGCGUGGCCCAGGAGAUGGGCCCUGCUCUCAAACGCUCGGUCGGCUAUCAGGUGAGACUGGAGAGCAGACCACCAGAGCAAAGUGGCGGCGCCCUGCUCUUCUUGACGGUGGGUGUCCUGCUGAGGAAGCUGCAGUCCAAUCCCAGCCUGAGGGGCAUCAGCCACGUGGUGGUGGACGAGGUUCACGAGCGCGACGUCAACACAGACCUCCUGCUAGCGCUGCUGCGCUCUUGCAUGAGCAAGAACCCCGACCUGCGGGUGGUGCUGAUGAGCGCCACUGGGGACAACCAACGACUGGCACGCUACUUCGGAGGAUGUCCCGUCGUCAAGGUGCCGGGAUUCAUGCACCCCGUGCAGGACAGCUACCUGGAAGACGUGCUAAGGGAAUUGGGACGGCCCCUGCCGAUGGAACACAACAAAAAGAGACAAAGCGAUGAGGUCGGUCCAGAUCUGGAUCUUGUUGCCGACGUCAUCGAGCACAUCGACAGACGUGGCGAACCAGGUGCCUUAUUGUGUUUCCUGCCCGGAUGGCAGGACAUCAAGACGGUUCAAGAGACGCUCCAGAUGAAGCCACACUUUUCGUCUGGCUUGCACAAGAUCGUGCCAUUGCACUCAAGUUUGGCAGUGGCAGACCAGCAGGCAGUGUUCCAGCGCCCCCCAGAGGGCUGGAGGAAAAUUGUCCUCGCCACCAACAUAGCGGAGACCUCAAUCACCAUCGACGACGUUGUUCACGUGCUGGAUGCCGGAACACACAAGGAGCAUAGUUAUGACCCGCGCACUAAAGUGUCGUGUUUGGACACGGUGUGGAUAUCGCGAUCCAACGUGACUCAGAGAAAAGGCCGAGCGGGGCGCUGUCAGCCGGGUCAGUCGUACCAUCUGUUCCCUCGCAGACAACUGGACGCCAUGACGCCUUUCCCCAUCCCGGAGAUCCUUCGCACCCCCCUGGAGAGCUUAGUGGUCCAGGCCAAGAUCCACAGUCCCAAAUUAAAGGCUGUUGACUUUUUAUCCCAAGUGUUGGACAGCCCUGAACAGGAAGCCGUGUCGGAUGCCGUACGAAAUCUGCAAGACAUCGGUGUCCUGGACCGGCAAGAAUCCCUGACGCCUUUGGGAGUCCGCGUGGCCUCAAUGUCAUGUGACCCACGUCUGGGCAAAGUUCUGGUGCUGGGCGCUAUGUUCCGCUGCGCCUUGCCCAUGUUGUCCAUCGCCGCCUGCCUCACACGAGACCCGUUCCACAACAGCCUCCAGAACCGAGCACCGGUGGCCAAGGCUAAAGCCAAGCUGAGCGGCUCCAGCAGCAGCGACUACCUGGCGUUCAGCCGCGCUGUGCUGGGCUGGAGGAAACUUCAGAAGGAAGGAGACCGCUUGGAGCGAGACCGCUACUUGGAGGAGUUCUGCUUGUCCAAGACCAGCCUGCGCUUCAUUAAUGGUCUCAUCUCUCAGUUCAGCGAGAAUCUGUGUGAGGCUCAUCUGGUGUCCCGUGCCAUCGAGUGCCAACGUCGCUCGUCGCUAGUCAACCAGCACAGCGAGCAAGAGCAAUUGCUCAAAGCCGUGCUGCUGGCCGGACUCUAUCCCAACCUCAUCCAGGUGAAGAGAGGCAUCGUGACCAAAGGUGGGCGCUUUCGUCCGAACAACCUGUCAUUCCGCACGCUGGGUGGCGGCGUCCUCCUCCAUCGCUCCACUGUCAACAGAAAGAAUGAUGAACUUACUUGUCGAUGGCUCACCUUCUUCGGCGCCGUCAAGUCCAAUGGCUCCGUUUUCAUCCGCGACUCAUCAGCCGUCCAUCCCCUCGCCCUGCUUUUGCUCACAGACUGCGACGUCACGGAAGCCGUGAGCGGAGAUGACGUGGAGGUGGCGCUCUCGGGCUGCCCGCUAGCACGCUGCCGGUUGUCGGCCAACACAUGGGAACUGCUGUGGGAAUUGCGGACAUCCAUCCAGGCCAUGCUGCGUCGCAACCUCAGACAACCCGCUGCCGCGUACUCAAGCCAGGACGGUGAGCUCAUCUCUUUGCUGGUGGACCUGCUUAAUAGCUCAGAUGGCAAAGCGUGGACUCCAAAUGAUAGCGAGGUGGACUGAUCAUGAAUACAAAUCACAGAUUCACUGAACUGCAGGUAUUUAUUAGCUUUUUUUGUUUAAGUACCUAAUAUAAUUAUUGAAGAAAUCCAUUUAUUUGGAAUGUGCAGACUCAUGCUAAGACUUAUGAAAAGUCAAAUGUUUGUUUUUGUUCAUAUAAAUGAAAUUAUACAGUCGUGUCCUAAAAGUUAUACGAUGUAAAGCUCAGCCUAAAUAAUAAAACUAA